AUGCAGCCCAAUAGACGAUCUAGUUGGAUCGUUGUCUUGGAUGAUUUUGGUUACGACGAUAUGGGAAUGGAUGCACACAGAAACAGUGGCAGCGAGGAUGACGACGUAGCUGAUCACGAGAGUGCAGACGACGACGCAGAGGAAGAUUCGAUUCCUUUGCUCAAACAAAAGAUACGCCUACUACAAAGGAACAACACAGCGUUUGCCAAUGAAACCGACCGACAACGGGACGAGAUUUCCGAGUUGAAAAGACAGCUCGGACGCGGGUCGAUGGACUAUUCUUCUUCGCGCCGACACUGA